CACCGACAUGCCGCCCUCGGGAGCCGGAAGCCGGGAGAGCGCCGCGUGAGCCGGAGCUGUUAAGUGGCGCCCGGGACGCCGGGUGUCCGAGUCCCCUGGUUGGUGUCCGGGAGGUUUUGGCCUGCGGAUUCCGCGUCCUGUCGACUGAAGCGGAAGGAACCAGGCUGACCCGGGGCGGGGCGCAGGGCAGGUCAGAGGUCUGGCUUUGGGCAUGAGCUGGCCCUGAGGAUUUUGCCGGGCACCUCCUCCCCUUGUUGGAGUGACAGCAGAAGUAAAUAAAUUGGUGGUGACAUCGGAAGUAAAUAGAAGCAAGCCAAGGUCCAGUCCCGCCGUGGACGCAGCAAAUUUUUUUUUAAUUUAAAAAUUGUGGCAGUCCAUAGGCUUCGUGACUGCCAAGAUCCGAAACGGGAGGAGCAGAUAAGCAAGGCGGCCUUUAACUGUGUUUGUGUGCGCGUGCUGGUGUUUCCCAGGUAGCCCAGGCUGGCCUAGAACUCGCGGUUCUCCAGCCUCAGACCCCAGAGCGCUGGGUUUCCACCUGGAAGGCCUAUAAAGAAAGAGCCAGUUUUCGCGCAUCGUGACGUUCACGCGUAAAAUCCGGCCGGUCGUUGCGUUCUGGGAACGGCAGUGCGCGAGAUCGGGAUUCGCUGACUUAGGAUGACGGGAGACCCGCGUUGCGCGUUCACGUGUGGGUGUGCAUCUCGCUGGAGCUUCUGUGACUCGCAGCGUCGUUUGCCACGGUUGCGGUGACUUUUCCCAAUGUGCAACUGACGCUCGGGUCAGCUACAAACAUUUCUCACCGGUCUGUGCUCGUGUAGAGGUUCAGGCUGCCGUUGGACCAACCCCCUUCCAAUCCUAUUUGAAAGGUACGGUGGCUGGUGACCUCCUACUCCUGUUACUGGUACAGGACAGCAUCCGUUCACUGCCCACCAGCAGUGUAAGAUGGGACGGACAUCAAAGGACAAGAGGGACGUCUAUUACCGUCUGGCCAAGGAGAAUGGCUGGCGGGCCCGCAGCGCUUUCAAGCUGCUUCAACUGGAUGAGGAAUUCCAACUCUUCCAAGGUGUGACGCGGGCAGUUGACCUGUGUGCAGCCCCAGGCAGCUGGAGCCAGGUGCUAAGCCAGAAGAUUGAGGGCCAGGUUGUGGCUGUGGACUUGCAGGCCAUGGCUCCACUCCCCGGCGUGACACAAAUCCAAGGGGACAUCACUCAGCUUGCCACUGCCAAGGAGAUCAUUCAGCACUUCCAGGGCUGUUCCGCUGACCUAGUGUUGUGCGACGGGGCUCCCGAUGUCACUGGCCUCCACGAUUUUGAUGAGUACAUGCAGGCCCAGCUCCUCCUAGCAGCUCUCAACAUUGCUACAAACAUCCUGAAGCCCGGGGGCUGCUUUGUGGCCAAGAUAUUCCGAGGUCGGGACGUGACGAUGCUCUACAGCCAGCUGCGUGUCUUCUUCUCCAGUGUGCUCUGUGCCAAGCCCAAGAGCAGCCGGAACUCCAGCAUCGAAGCCUUCGCUGUCUGUCAGGGUUAUGACCCUCCUGCGGGCUUUGUGCCCGACCUCUCCAGACCCCUGUUGGACCACUCCUACAACUCAGAUUUCAACCAGCUGGAUGGUCCCUCCCGCCUUAUUGUGCCCUUUGUAACCUGUGGGGACCUGAGUGCCUAUGAUUCAGACCGCAGCUACCCAUUGGAUCUACAGGAUGGCUCUGAGUAUAAAUAUACUCCACCCACACAGCCCCCCAUCUCACCCCCAUACCAGGAGGCCUGCAGGUUGAAGAAGAAAGGACUUCUGGCCAAGGAGCUUCUACCCCUGGAAUGCUCUGUCAGUAGAGUGGACAUAUUGACCCAGCCCCUAGCCACUCCUCAGCGCUGCACCAUGCUAAAUCAGCUAAUUGAUGAAGAACAGUCUUACUCGUUGCAGUUUGGGAACCGGGGAAGCCCAAGUUGAAGGGGCCUACAUUCGGGCUUCUUGCCAUGUCAUCACGAACAGUAAAAGCCAAGUAUGCCAAUCCAGGUGUGGCGAUGCCUGAGAUGGGAGGAUGGUCGUGAAAUUCCAGGUCAGUAGGAGCAACGUAGGAUCAAAAUGGAAACAGACUGAGUGCGAUCCCACCUAAGAGAGAAACAAACCAAGCAUGCAAGAAAGGCUGAACUCGGACUGGGAGAGAUGGCUUAGCCGUUAAGGCGCUUGCCUGCAAACGAUCCAGGUUUGAUUCCCCAGUACCCAGAUGCACAAAGUGGUGCAGUGGCAGAGGCCCUGGCACACCCGUUCUUUCCCUCU